GGACAAUCUCAUCAAACCUUUAUCCAUCACACGAUGCUCCUUCAUAUCUAACUGGAAAUAUUGUUAACGCGGGAUUACUUGGCUUUUUGAUCGUCCUUGUUAUCAUUCUCAAGAAUGCGUUGAAAUCAUGA